AUGGCUUUUGACGACGACGAUAAUCCCCAUGCCUUAGCACAGCCUGCUGGGCGUGCCAAUGGAGCUGCGACAGAAGAUGCCGACGAGGACGCGCCAGACUACAAGCUCUUCCUGUCCAUGUUUGAUAAGCAUGGCGUCUCAAGCAAAGCUAUCCGCAAGGGCGAGAAAGAUUUUGAGUCACAUGGCACCCGUGCGCAAGACGGUCUUCUCGAGGCCAGUCGCCAGGUCAUGGAUAACGUACUUGGCUACACGAGGAUACAUCGCGAAGAUGCUUGGGUUCGAGGGUGGUGUUUUCCGGACUGGUGGGCUGAGAUGGAGCUGGCUGGAGAGAAAGAGGGACUCUGGCUGCGCGACAGAGUUGUCAUGGUCGAGCAUGAGCGCGGCACUUGGCAAAAGGAUAUCGGGAGAGCGAUACCGGGCAAGAUUGAGCGCCUAGGUACGGGACGGCUUUGGCUGUUGCCGGAGGAGGCUAUUUUCUUGGUUGAAAGAGGUACCAUGGAUCUAUGGUGGCCCAACCGACAAUUAGAAGAUAUUCUUCCGCAUGCCGAUGGUAAAAUCAAGACAGGCAUGGGCCCUGAUGACUACGACGUCGGGCUUCCUUUGAGUCUUGAAGCAGCAUACUCACUUUUUAUCGGCAACGAAGGCGAGAGAGGCAAACUCACAUUGCCCCAAUAUCAGGUCUACUCGAACCUGAAGCGCGCAGGCUUUAUUGUUCUUCGCGCGCCCCCUUAUGAAGCACACACACCAGCACCUCAAUCCAAGACAUUAUGGCAAUGGAUGUUUUCUUUCUUCGGCUCAGAGACACAAACAACAAACCGAAAUCCGUCUGGACCUCUUAUUCAGCCGGGACUGUACCGCGCGUAUAGGCCUAUCUACGACCAGCUUGCCCUACUCCCCAGGCACAAGCCACUACCUACACCUCCCGUGGUUCAUCCUCCCGAGGACCCGUACAGAGUUUUCUUCCACGUAUGGAAAUCAGGCGGUCCUCCCUUUUCCAAGAAGAACCCUCCGCCGCCCAGCUUCCGCAUUGCGGUUGUCGAUGCCGGCAACACAUGCGUACCGACACUCGAGGAGAUCGAGGCGCUCUUAGAAUCAACACCUCACGAUCCACCCAAUGAGAGCUGGCAGGGUCCUGGCCGAAUGUAUCAGCGAUUAAAGCACGGACAUCGCAACGUCCUGGUUGCGAUUGUGGAUCGCGGUCUUGUGAACUACAUGAGAUUUGGCGAGGGGGCCUUUGGAGAGGAGAGAGUGUUUGAGAGAUUUGACAAUAGGGGCGGGCAGAGGGGCGGCAAGAAAAUGGGCCGUGGUGGAGGUAGGGGACGAGGUGGUAGGGGCAGAGGUCGUGGACGAGGACGAUGA